GAGACCACCCCGGGGGGCGGGGGGGGGGCGGCCCCGUUGCCUCAGCCCGCAGCCGGCCCGGGGCGGCCCCAGCGGCUCGGAGCGGCCCCGAGCAGCGGCCCCAUGGCUGUGCGGGCCGGGCCGUGCGGCCUCCUCCUCAUCCUCCUCCUCCUCCUGCAGCACGGCCGCGGAGAAAGGGCCCCGGCACCGCACCUGGAGGACGCGGCCAUCGCGGCAGAAUUCUGCCGGAUCGACAAGCCCUUGUGCCACGAUGAGGACGAGCAGCUCAGCUUCGAGGCUGUCCGCAACAUACACAAGCAGAUGGACGACGAUGCCAAUGGCAACGUGGACGUGGAGGAGAGUGAUGAGUUCUUGAGAGAGGACUUGAAUUACCAUGACCCAACGGUCAAGCACAGCACUUUCCAUGGAGAAGACAAGCUCAUUAGCGUGGAAGAUCUUUGGAAGGCCUGGAAGACAUCUGAAGUGUAUAACUGGACGGUUGACGAGGUGGUUCAGUGGCUCAUUACCUACGUCGAGCUGCCGCAGUACGAAGAGACCUUCAGAAAGCUGCAGCUGAGUGGACACGCCAUGCCCAGGCUAGCCGUAAACAACGCUACCAUGAUGGGAACUGUUCUGAAAAUGACAGACAGAAGCCACAGGCAGAAACUGCAGCUGAAAGCUCUCGACACUGUGCUCUUUGGGCCUCCUCUCUUAACUCGUCACAACCACCUGAAGGACUUCAUGCUGGUGGUGUCCAUUGUCAUCGGAGUGGGAGGCUGCUGGUUUGCCUAUAUCCAGAACCGCUACUCGAAGGAGCACAUGAAGAAGAUGAUGAAAGACCUCGAGGGGCUUCACAGAGCUGAGCAGUCUCUCCAUGACCUUCAAGAAAGACUGCAGAAGGCACAAGAGGAACAUCGCUCUGUGGAGGUGGAAAAGGUGCACCUGGAGAAGAAGCUGCAGGAUGAGAUCAGCAUCGCCAAGCAGGAGGCACACCGGCUCCGAGAGCUGCGGGAGGGCACAGAGAAUGAGCUGAGCAGGCAGAAAUACGCCGAGCAGGAGCUGGAGCAGGUGCGGAUGGCGCUGAAGAACGCCGAGAAGGAGCUGGAGUCUCACUGCAGCUGGGCUGCGCCCGAGGCCCUGCAGAAGUGGCUGCAGCUGACCCACGUGGAGGUCCAGUACUACAACAUCAAGAAGCAGAACGCAGAGAAGCAGCUGCUGGUGGCCAAGGAAGGUGCUGAAAAAAUUAAAAAGAAGCGAAACACCCUGUUUGGAACGUUUCACGUUGCUCACAGCUCAUCUCUAGACGAUGUCGAUCAUAAAAUCUUAAACUGUCAGACAACCCUGAGCGAGGUGACAGCGGCGCUGCGGGAGCGCCUGCAUCGCUGGCAGCAGAUCGAGCUGCUCUGCGGCUUCCAGAUCGUCAACAACCCCGGCAUCCACACGCUGGCCUCAGCCCUGAACAUCGAUCAGAGCUGGAUGGGCACCCCGCGCCCGAACCCCUCGCACUUCAUCAUGACUGAUGACGUGGAUGACCUGGACGAAGAGAUCGUGUCUCCCAUGUCCAUACAAUCUCCUGCCUUGCCCAGCACAGUUCGCCAGCGCCUGGUGGACCCACAGCACGCCCACGGAUCUCAGAGAGACUUAACUCGCUGCGACUCCGAGUCCUGCAUCCCGCACCUGAGCGACCACCAGCGCAUCCCCAGCGCUGCGCAGCUGCUGGCGGCGCGCCCCAACCUGCUGACCCGCUCCGUGGAGGAGGCUGCCCCGCACCCUGCCCUCGGCGCGCCCACCCCCAACGGCGGCAGCCGGCACGCCGAGGCCUCCGCGCCGGGGGCUGCGGCGGAGCGCCCGCCCGAGAGCCCCAUGGUGAUGAAGAAGAUGAUGACGGUGAACCACGGCAUGGAGAAGUCCUCCAGCCUCGGGGAGAUCAGCCACCCGACGGCCGGCAAGCACAGCCACUCGGAUUCGUCGCGGUCGCACAGCCCCAGCUCCACCGACCCCGACACCCCGUCCCCCAUCUCUGACUGCCGGCCCAACAGCGCCAAGAGCACCCGCAUCCCGCAGCUGGCUGCCAAGAAGAGCCCGGGGGACGAGGACAGCAGCUUGACGGGCGACGAGGUUGACCUCGGCCAGAGCAAGAAGAAGUUCCCCCUAAAGAUCUUCAAGAAGCCCAAGAAGUAGAGAGAGGAGGGAGGAGGAGGAGGAACCGCACGGACGCGACCCGCUGGGCCCGGGGGCAGCGCCGCGACACCCCCCCGGCCCCCACGGGCGCCCUCCCUUCGAGUCGUGCCAGCACCCGCGGCCGGAGGAGCCACCUCGACUUAUUUAUUUCCUGAUCUCUGAGAAACCAAGAAGACGACCGCUCCCCCGAAGCCAGCAGCCGCCCUUUUUCCCCCCUCCCCGUUUCCGUCGCCCCCAGCUUUGCUGUGCAUGGCUUCCAGUUACUCCUGCCUCCGCUCAGCCACACGGCAUUUGGGUUUGGUUUCAAUGUGGUUUUAUUUUUUAUUUUUUAUUAUUAUU